CCAUUGACGUAGGCGCUUCAAGCAAGCAAGCAGGCCCGCAAGGUUGCGACAUACUGAGUGCUUGGCUUGGGCUCCUUCCAGGGCUGUAAAUCGGUUGCUGCGAACCAACACAGCCCCCAGAUUGGCCACCUGCACUUCCCUUCUCGUAUAUAUUCUUCUCCUCGAUUCACGCCUAUACCUACCUACGCCUCGCAGCAACCCCUCUUCCUCAGACAUAAACUACAGACGUCUAAACAUCAUGAGUGGCCAUGGCGAUCCCAGACUUCUCUACACAAUUGGAGGCAUCAAAGCCUACCACAUUCAGCAGGGUGAGGAGACGUCCCUCACACCCUCAGGACCGCAAACGCUCUCUCUGCUUAUGGUCCCUACCAACUCACCAUUCGCCGAUCUUAGCAGUACACGGCCGCAGAGCGAAGCGCCCGAGGAGGAUUUCUACCUACACUUGAACCUGCCACCCGAGCUCGACCUCCCUCUUCCUGCUACCACGCAGAUCUACCAUCAGCCACCCCAUAGUUAUCUCAUCCCACGAUGGGACCUAGGUCCAGAGAGUGGCGCCUUCACAAGAAUCGAGUUCCCCGCGAUCGGCAAGGGACCUGGCGCUGUCACGCAGGAGGAUAUCGAUACGUUCGAGACCAUCUUGGCUCAAUGCACUGCUUUUCUGGAACGCGCACAAAACCCCUAUCCGUCUGAGAAGGGUGGUCACAAAGCCUACAAUCCCCAGGACUACGCGCCUGGCCAGAGUCACGCAAGUGCCGGUGUAGCAGGGUCUAGCAAGCAGCAGCAACAUGGCGAGAUUGUCUUGAUAGACGAAGAAAACGGCAGCGUAGUCGGCGAAUUGGCCGAAGGUGCUCAGAUCGUUGAGGAUCCCAGACUCCAAGCUGGAUCGAAGAAUCCAGAUCCAGUCGAGAUUGUUGUCUCUGCCGACGGCAAGCGUAUCGAUGUUAAACCUCUUUCUGAAGACUACCUAUCGAUGGCCCGCCAUCCUGCGUAUAAGAACUCGACACUCGUCCAGAACUCGGCUGCUGCGUCACGUUUGAUUGUCACUGGGUCUAGCUACCUUAGCAACAUGAUGGUGUCUGGUGCAGAGGGCUUUAUCAACAAAACUAGGCCGAACGAGAAGCCCAUGGUCUUCAAGCCCGCAACGCACGAACGCGUUCGAAAAAUCAAUACGAUGACCACCGGUGUCGCUGGUUUCUCGGCUAAGACAGUUGGUACAAUCGGCAAGCACGCACAGAACUUCGCCGCCGGUCUCGCGGGCCACAAGAAUUCGCAGCACAAAAGUUUGAAUGCAGAUGGCACAGUAAACGAAAACUACAAGCCAGGUCUGCUCAAUAAGAGUUUGAUUGCGUGGUCGACCAUUGGCGACGGUCUCGCUCACUCGGGCAAACAGAUCCUCACCUCUGGUGGUGCUGCAGCUAGUGCUGCUGUUGGUCACAGAUGGGGCGCAGAAGCUGGAAGUUUGACAGGCGAUCUCGCUGGGGGAGUCAAGAACGUAGGCCUUGUCUACAUCGACGUCACGGGCGUGACUCGUCGCGGUAUAAUCAAGAGCGUCGCCAAGGGCAUGGUUGUUGGCAAGGUAAAGAACAAGAAAGGCCAAGAGCAGACCAUUAUGGUCGGCGGUGGUGAUGGUGGCUCCAUUACACCAGGCACUGCUACUAAGCUCAACCCCAUGGACAGCGCUAGCAACACUGGCCUGCCACCCAAUACAUCGAGCAGCAACCCUGCUGGUCAGGUCAGCUUUGGCAACCAGCCGCCACCAAGCUACAGGACCGGUGUCGGUGAGAGUCUCGAGGGUCAGCCAGCAUAUCAGGGUUACCCGAACGAGAAGAGGUGAAGUGAUGCUGUGUAGGAAGCAGUGGUAUGAUUGCAGGGAGAAUUCACGAGUAAUGACGUUGCUAUCCAUAGUUUACAAUUAAGGCAAUAUCACGAGUCUGUUUAUGUAUUCGAGUACAGACGAUAACUUACCGGAUUCUUAUGGUACGUACUUUGGCCGUAUCCAGCUCUGAAUCUUGUAAUCCCUCUACAGUUUACAGUCCUUCUUACUUCAACAUCCACGUCACGUUCCUCCAGGCCAGAGUCUACAUUCUAGCGUUGCCAAAUGAAGCGUUGUAUACUGGGA